GUUGCAGUUUGUUGGUGUAUUGGACGUGAAAGUCGCAGGCGAAGGAGAUUCUGAGGCAGGCACGGGACGUCGGUGCUUGAAGCCAGCUGGUCCCCCAACUUUAUUCACAUGCAGCUGCACGGGCACUAGCACUUCAAUUGCACAAUGCGAUAGCCUCCACUCCCACAUCACAGCCCACCACCCACGAUGCAUUCCAGCCUGGUGCGCAUUCAGAAUGUCUUUGGCUUCUUCACCUCCGUCGCCUUCGCCGUAGCCGCAGCAAUCGCCGUCAGCGUGCUGCUCAGUCCUCAGGACCCAUCCGCAUCUCUCGAGCUCAGGAAUGUCCGAGUCGCCAGAGGUCGUCCACACUACUACAGCACCAAACGCGAAGAAUACGCCCACGUAACCUUCGAUCUCGACGCCGACCUCUCCUCCCUCUUCAACUGGAACACCAAGCAGAUCUUCGCCUACAUCACCGCCUCCUACCCAUCCGACGACCCUCAAAAUGUCCCCGACUCCGAAAUCGUAGUCUGGGAUGCCAUCAUCCCCGCCGACAAUGCUCCUCUUCACCCUAACACUUGGAUCCAUCCCACCUCGAAAUCAAAAGAUGGCAAGAAAGUGAAGAAGCCUUCGCGCAAAGAGCGCGCUCUAGGUCUCGGCGGAAAGGCAUAUCCAGAAGGCAAGCAGCCAGGCAUCAUCAAGUUGGAAAAUCAGAAGCCAAAGUAUCAGAUCACAGAUGUGACAGGCAAGAUUGCGGAUAAGCAGUUUGCGACUUUGACGUUGCAUUGGAACGUUCAACCAUAUGUUGGGGCUUUGACUUGGACAAACUGGAAUACGUUUGGCAGGUGGCGAGGCUUACUGGGUGGCAUGAGCGAUCCGUUCAAUUUUCCGAGCAUCAAGGCUAGUGAGACGGUGAAGAAGGAGGAUUUGAAGACGGAGACCGGCGCAGAGGCGAAUAGAGGGAGUCCAGCGUAGAUCUACACGAACUUCUAGCUUGGACGAUAUCUGCGAUAUGCUCCAUAUGAAACGGUAUCGAUAACGUGUGAAAAUCAUGCCAGUUGGUAACCACUGCUUUCGCAGAAGACCAUCAUCUCACUUGAUCAGCCAC